UUGCGCGCCGCUUCCGGUCUGGAGCUUUGUAGUGGGGCUGGAGCAGAGGCUGCCGUGAACCCCCGAAACCUCCCAUCAGCACACCGUGCCAUCCCUCGAAUCCGCCAGGCCGAGUGUCCCACCCGCGCCCGGGACCAUGGCCACUGACUCAUGGGCCCUCGCGGUCGACGAGCAGGAAGCAGCGGCCGAGUCGUUGAGCAACUUGCAUCUUAAGGAAGAGAAAAUCAAAUCAGAUGCCAAUGGCCUUUACAAAAACUUCUAGUGUCAUAGAAUUUGAAUUGUGUCAGCUGUUGGGUAUCGGAUGUGAUUCUGAAUGAUGGCCACUUUGUGUCUGCUAAAGGUGCUGUUGUCAAGACCAGUGCCAACGCAGAGAAGACAGAUGAAGAAGAGAAAGAGGAUAGAGCUGCCCAGUCCUUACUCAACAAGCUGAUCAGAAGCAACCUUGUCGAUAACACAAACCAAGUGGAAGUCCUACAGCGGGAUCCAAACUCCCCCCUGUACUCGGUGAAGUCUUUUGAAGAGCUUCGGCUGAAACCACAGCUUCUCCAAGGAGUCUAUGCCAUGGGUUUCAAUCGUCCAUCCAAGAUACAAGAGAAUGCAUUGCCACUGAUGCUCGCUGAGCCCCCACAGAACUUAAUUGCCCAAUCUCAGUCUGGUACUGGCAAAACAGCUGCCUUUGUGCUGGCCAUGCUUAGCCAAGUAGAACCUACAAACAAAUACCCCCAGUGUCUAUGCCUCUCCCCAACAUACGAGCUCGCCCUCCAAACAGGAAAAGUGAUUGAACAAAUGGGCAAAUUUUACCCUGCACUGAAGUUAGCUUAUGCUGUUCGAGGCAAUAAAUUGGAAAGAGGCCAGAAGAUCAGUGAGCAGAUUGUCAUUGGCACCCCUGGGACCGUGCUGGACUGGUGCUCCAAGCUCAAGUUCAUUGAUCCCAAGAAAAUCAAGGUGUUUGUUCUGGAUGAGGCUGACGUCAUGAUAGCCACUCAGGGCCACCAGGAUCAGAGCAUCCGCAUCCAGAGGAUGCUGCCCAGGAACUGCCAGAUGCUGCUUUUCUCCGCCACCUUUGAAGACUCUGUGUGGAAGUUUGCCCAGAAAGUGGUCCCAGACCCAAACGUUAUCAAACUGAAGCGUGAGGAAGAGACCCUGGACACCAUCAAACAGUACUAUGUCCUGUGCAGCAGCAGAGACGAGAAGUUCCAGGCCCUGUGUAACCUCUACGGGGCCAUCACCAUUGCUCAAGCCAUGAUCUUCUGCCAUACUCGCAAAACAGCUAGCUGGCUGGCAGCAGAGCUCUCAAAAGAAGGCCACCAGGUGGCUCUGCUGAGUGGGGAGAUGAUGGUGGAGCAGAGGGCUGCGGUGAUUGAGCGCUUCCGGGAGGGCAAAGAGAAGGUUCUGGUGACCACCAACGUGUGUGCCCGCGGGAUCGACGUUGAACAAGUGUCCGUCGUUAUCAACUUUGAUCUUCCCGUGGACAAGGAUGGGAACCCUGACAACGAGACAUACCUACACCGGAUAGGGCGCACGGGCCGCUUUGGCAAGAGGGGCCUGGCAGUGAACAUGGUGGACAGCAAGCACAGCAUGAACAUUCUGAACAGAAUCCAGGAGCAUUUUAAUAAGAAGAUAGAAAGAUUGGACACAGAUGAUUUGGAUGAGAUCGAGAAAAUAGCCAACUGAGAAGUUCCACCAGCCACUGGUGCCAGCCCUGGCACUGCCCCAGCACAGUGCGUUCCGGGCACAGGCCCCAACAUCACCCCAAGGACAGCGGCACGAAGAGAGAUAAACUACCUACCUCACUUCAAAUUAUGUUUGGACUUCACAAAAAUGUGUACAAAUGAUGGGGGAUGGUAGAAAAAAUUAUUUACACAAUAUUGGAAAAUUAGGCAUGAAUACAUAGAGAUUUACCUUUUGGAA